UCUGCCUGCCCCCAGGAGCGCUACUACGUGCUGUAUGUCCGGCCCAGUCGCAUCCAUCGCCGGAAGUUCGACCCCAAGGGCAAUGAAAUCGAGCCCAACUUCAGCGACACCAGGAAGGUGAACACGGGCUUCCUCAUGUCCUCCUACAGGGUGGACGCCAAGGGGGACACGGACAGACUCACGCCCGAGGCACUGAAGGAGCUGGUGAAUAAGCCGGCGCUGCUCGCCCUGACGGAGAGCCUCACGCCCGAGCAGACCGUGGCUUUCUGGAUGCCCGAGUCGGAGAUGGAGGCCCUGGAGCUGGAGCUGGGGGCCGGGGUUCGGCUGAAAACCCGAGGCGACGGCCCCUUCCUGGAUUCCUUAGCCAAACUUGAGGCUGGAACAGUGACCAAGUGUAAUUUCGCUGGUGAUGCAAAGACGGGGGCAUCGUGGACCGACAACAUCAUGGCCCGAAAGUCUGCCGAGGGGACCACGGCGGAGACCCGAGAGCAGGGGGACGGGGCAGAGGAUGCGGAGUGGGACGACUGAGGUUCCUGGGAGAAGCGGGGUCCCCGGGGCUCACCCGCGCUGAGAAUGUCUUCCAUCGACUUCCAUUCUGGAGUUCAA